CUUCAAUUUUUUUUUAAUAUAAAAUUGAAGAAUGCAACUUCCUGCCUGAUGUGAGCAUGGUGAGCUGUUCUGCAACUUGAUUUUCUCCGGUCUACUAUAAUUAUUAAUCUUUUCGAAUUCAUUUUUUCUUAAGAAUGGUUGCUAGAUUUUCUUUCUUCUUUAUCACAAUUUUGAUCUUGGUUUUCACCAAAGUUGAAGGUCGUGUUCUUAAACUUGAAGGUUCAGAAAUCAGUACUCAAUGGAUCUCAGAUGGAGUUGUUGAAGACAAAUUCAAGAAUCAAUCAAAUUAUCUAAGUCUAGGCAGCUCAAAGGAACUUUCUACAGGGGAUAAAUGUAUACAUAUAUAUGGUUUUUUUCCAUGUGCAGAGAAUAUUGGAGGGUACUUAUUUAUGAUUGUCACAUUUCAGUACUUGUUGAUUCUUGGUGAGAAAGUACUGGCCAUUGGAAGCAACAGGCUUUUUAGUAUUCUUGACACUGGAAUUUUUGGUGCAAGUGUAUUUCCAACACUCAUAACUUGGCCAAGAAUUGUUAUGGCCUUUGUAUCUGGAUUACUGGUUAGUAGAGAGCAAGCUCAAGUAUCAGUAUCUUCUGCACUUGGUUCUAAUGUUGGUUCUAGUGUCUUGAAUCUUACUGUGCUCUGGGGCAUAUGUGUAAUACUUGGGAGACAAAAUAUCUCAGGGAAUUCAAAUACACAAAGUAGUGCGGAACCUCCUUCUUCUACUUUGAAAUUGGAGGACUUGAAGAGUAAAGGAAUCAUAACAAACAAUCUUACUGGUUAUAUAGCUGGAAUCAUGUUUCUAUCGCUUGCCCCAUUCACAAUAAUGCUAUUCGGCGAUAUCAUCAGCUCAUCAGUAGGAAAGCGCAUCACCAUACUUGUUGCUCUUAUUGUAUCAGUCACAUUUUUGCUGUCAUAUUUCUCGUAUCAGAUGUGGAAUCCAUUGAUUCAACAAAAGAGUUUAGAGUACAUAAAACACGAACAACUGGUGCAAGUUUUUGUGCAGCAUAUCCAAAGGCAAGCAAGAGGAAAUCUCUUUAAAGGAGGCUGUCCUGACAUUAACGCGCUUAAAAGAUUAUUUGCCAAAACAGACAAAGAUAGGAGCCACUCAAUAACAGUCACUGAACUAGAAGAACUGGUAAAACAACUUGAAUCUGGAAAGGUUAAAGUGGAUGGUAACUUUGCCUUGUCAACACUGUCAAGAAUAUUCGACAAAAACAAAGAUGAAAGGAUAAACGAAGAAGAGUUCAUUGAGGGAUGCAAGAAGUUGUUACAGGAAGCUAAGGACGAUUCCACCUCAAAGAAACUUCUUGAUGAGGUAAUUAAAGCAUACACGGAGGGGCAACGAAAAGAGAUGGUUAAGAUUCAGGAGCUCGUGCCAAGAGUCUUGAAGCAAAUUCAGAACCAGGCAAUUGAAUCCGAGAACCUUCUAAAAGAUGAUGGCAGCCCCAAGAUUGAAUCCAUUAAAAGGCUCUUCCGUAAGUUAGAUGGUGAUCACAACAGUUAUUUAAUUCCAUCAGAACUGGAGAAGCUAACAGAAAAUGUCAAAUUCAGAGAGGCACGCUUAAAUCGCAAAACCUCUGUAAAGGAAAUUAUGAAGGAUUUCGAUCAAAAUGAUGAUCAUAUGAUUGAUGAAAAUGAGUUUCUUCGUGGUGUGACAUAUUGGCUUCAUAAUGCCAAGCAAACUACCAAAGAACAUCAUGAUAAGGUGAUGUGGGGGGAAGUCGACAAGUUCUUGGAUGAGGCAGAAAGAGAAAACAAUAAAGGUUUCGACUACUCUUUGGUGUUAAAAUGGGAAUUCUGCAAGUCUGUAUUGCAAGUGAUUUUAGGCAUUGCUAUAUUAACAUUGUGUGCAGAUCCAAUCAUGGAUAAUAUUAUCCGACUAGCACGUGCAAUUGGCGUGCCUUCUUUCUUCCUAUCAUUUGUGAUAGUUCCUCUUGCUAUCAAUGCAAGAACUGCAAUAACAGCAAUAACUUUAUUAUCUUCAGCAAACCAGCAGACUUCCACAACUUCUUCUUUGACAUUUUCUGAGAUCUAUGUGGGGGUGAUCUUGAACAACAUUAUGGGGAUGUCAACGGUGUUAACUGUAUUGUAUGCGAAGGACUUGAGAUGGGAGUAUUCAGCUGAAGUGUUGGUAUCUAUGGUGAUCUGUGCUGUAACUGGCUUUUUUGCAUUCAUCCGUACCACUUAUCCACUUUGGACUUGUAUCGUAGCUUUCUUGUUUUAUCCUAUUGCACUUGCACUACUUUAUAUUUUCCAAUAGUUACAAUCUAAUUGUUGUCGCAAUUAGAAUCCUCUAGUCUCAAAGUUAUUCUACCCAUGAAGUGUUGCAUAUAGAUGGUGGUGCUGUUACUGCUUUACAAUAUUCUCCAUUCUUCAGCAACAACUGCUUGAUGCUGUAAUUUAGAUCCACUAAUUUCAAAAUCCUUUUAUGCCUC